GUCGCACAGAAAUCUGCGCUACUAUAUCACCCAGAGUCACCAGGCACUAACGAAAUAUCGCCGUCAGUAAUCUGUUAACCAUGGACACCGUAUCGGCGAGCGAAGGCACUGGGAAGACGGCGAUUGAGGCAAAGGAUGAGAAAAGUGAAACGGCAGAACAUAGCGCGCACUCAGUGUCGACAACCGGUGCUGCUGACAAUGCAGGCGAGAAGGCGACGGGUACAACAAAACAGGAGCUCGAUCCGGGUCAAGCGAACGCAGGCAGCGAAGCGACCCUGACAAUUGGCGGUGCAGCAGUGGGACCAACCUCAGAGUCAAAACCAGGUGUAGCGCCCAGGGCGCACACAGUGCCGUCUGACGAGACAGUAACAGGUACUACUCUUGUUCCACAGAAGCAACCAGUCGCUGGAAAAUCUGUGGAAACACCGGUAGCUCCGACUGCGAAGGAGCCACCAGCAGCGGCCACCGUGUCUGACCUCCGGAGGGACAAGUUGGGACAGUGGGCGACAGGCGAUGAGGGAACAGCUGCCUGCCCUUCGCUCACCAGGGGUGUGGAUCACUUGCGCAGCCCUCAACUCAACAAGGGUAUGGCUUUUGAAUUGAUGGAAAGACAACUGCUAGGAAUCCAUGGUCUGCUGCCUCCACGCAUCAAAACCCAUGAUGAGCAAAUGGCUCUUUGCAUGCUUAAUGUGGAGCAGUGCACUGAUGACCUGAGCAAGUACAGGUACUUAAUGGGACUUCAGGACAGCAAUGAGAAGCUUUUCUAUCAUUUAUUAUCUGAUAAUGUGCAGUCCCUAUUGCCUAUAGUCUAUACACCAACUGUUGGACUAGCUUGUCAGAAUUAUGGUCUAAUUUAUAUGAGACCACGAGGACUGUUUAUAACAAUUCAUGACAAAGGACAUGUAUAUGAAAUACUCAAAAACUGGCCUGAAUCUUCUGUUAGAGCCAUAGUAGUUACAGAUGGAGAAAGGAUCUUAGGUCUUGGUGAUCUUGGUGCUUAUGGUAUGGGAAUCCCUGUUGGCAAAUUGGCUCUUUACACAGCCUUAGCGGGCAUUAAACCCUACCAGUGCUUACCUGUAACACUGGAUGUUGGCACCAAUACACAGAAACUGCUUGAUGACCCUCUCUACAUUGGACUAAGGCAAAAGCGAGUAAGAGGAGACCAAUAUUCUGACUUUGUUGAAGAAUUUAUGCAAGCAGUGGUAAAGAGAUAUGGUCAAAAUACUCUUAUACAGUUUGAAGAUUUUGGAAACUACAAUGCAUUUCAUUUGCUUGAAAAAUACAGACAAAGUUAUUGCACAUUCAAUGAUGACAUACAAGGAACAGCCUCAGUAGUUGUGGCUGGAUUACUUGCCUCUUUCCGUAUCACAAAGACGCGCCUGUCUGACAACAUAAUACUGUUUCAGGGUGCUGGACAGGCUUCACUUGGUAUUGCUGGACUCUGUGUGAGGGCAAUGCAGGAAGAGGGAACCUCCCUGCAAGAUGCAAGGGACAAGAUCUGGAUGGUAGACUCAAAAGGACUGAUUGUCAAAGAUAGGCCUUCAGGUGGCAUUACAGCUCAAAAGUCAGUAUAUGCAAAAAUCCAUGAACCUAUCAAAGAUCUCGAGGAAAUAGUUGAAACAGUGAAACCAACAGUUAUAAUAGGUGCUGCAGCUGUUAGAGGGGCUUUUACACCAAAGCUGUUAAAAACUGUGGCAAAAUUCACAGAGCAUCCCAUUGUGUUUGCAUUGAGCAAUCCUACAGAAAAGGCAGAAUGUACAGCUGAGGAUGCGUAUGUUAACACUGAUGGAAAAGCCAUUUUUGCUAGUGGAUCACCUUUUGCUCCAGUAACAUACAAAGGGAAGACAUUUUACCCUGGUCAGGGAAACAACUCUUAUAUCUUCCCAGGAAUUGCACUUGGUGUAAUUACUGCAGGGAUACGCAUCAUCAGUGAGGAUGUUUUCACUGUUGCAGCAAAGGCACUGGCCAACUUUGUCAAUGAUUCUGAUUUAGAGAGAGGUAGCCUUUAUCCGCCCUUGCAUAGCAUCCGUGAGUGUUCAUUUAGAAUUGCUGUGGCAGUUGCAAAGUUUGGAUACAAAACAGGAGUUGCAUCAACUUUUCCACAGCCUAAAAACUUGGAGAACUUCAUCAAAGCACAGAUCUAUGAUUUCAAUUAUACAUCUUCAAUACCAACUACAUACGCAUGGCCAAAAACUGAAAUAACGAAUGGUCAGUAACAUAAUUAGUGUUUCAAAUAUAUUCAUAUCUUUAAAACACACCUGUAAUGCAACUGUAUUGAACCAAUUAUUAUGGACAGAUAGCAUGUGAUGGAUAGAAAAGAGUUGAAACAAAGAGAGCAGAUAAUUCCUA